CUUUUCCUGAGAGUCGUACAAUGAGAUUUUCCUCCACACUAGCCCUUGCUACCACCGUUGCUUCCGUCCUGGCCGAAAAGGUUAGUCUCUACGUUGACGCCCCCAGCGCAGAAUUCCGCAGCAAGGGGCUCGAGCCAAGACAUGAGGGAGCCGCCCUCGACUACCUCUUCUUGGCCGACGGCUCCAGCUACACCUGGGACUACGACGCCGCCACAAAAAAGCUUAUUGCCCCACAGGCCCAGUACGACUUCCCAAUCACCUUGGGAGGGGCCCCAUACGUUGCCUGGGGAGCCACCAUUGGCUACGAAAGCUUCACCUUUGACAGCGAUGGCACUCUUCAGGUGAACGGCUCCAGCGACGGUUUCUACGCCUGUAAGAACACCAACGACCCGUACAGGUACUCCAGCACCUUGUAUGAGCUCAUGUACUACAAAAACUCGGAAAACGUCCCUUCCAACAGCUGCACCGCCAUUUCAUUGAAAAACGUCAAGCCUCAGCCUCUGUCAAGUGCCAGUACCGCUUCAGGCUCGUCCACCGGUCCAAACGCGUCUUCUUCCUCCCUGACCUCGACCUACCAUUCAGGGUCCGUCACUUCUGUCACUUCCCGAGUCACCGCUGUCUCAACCGAAAUCAAUACCGUCUGCCCGGGCAACUGCUCCUCAUCGGCCAUCAGCACGUUUGAGAACGAUGCCAUGGCCAUUGCUCCUGCUGGAGCUGCCGUCCUCGGAGGUAUGGCCCUUCUCUUAUUGUAACUUGCUUAGGCUCAUAUAGUUUUAGACAUGUAUUAUCUAAAUGAGUUUUAAUGGUAAUUCAAGCAAAUGUAGUUGGUAGCAAGCCCAAUACACAUCCCGACAGAUUCGCUAGUAAGACAACCGCCUGUGCUGUCACGCCAGCAGGACAUCCUAUCAAGUUGCGUGCUCUGCUCGUGUCCUUAAGUGGCUGUCGACAAAAACGGUGUGUGCCGGAAAGCCCAAUUUUCCACAUCAGGGAAUAGCUCGAGUUAACCAGCACUGCUAAAUUUGACAGGCCAUCCUCACAAACGGAGACGGUUGGGGAUCAAAACGUUGAUGGGCCCAUGCCCUCAUUUUUUGGCGUGCACCAAUACCUUCUUGAGCGAGCCACACCAGCUGCCGUUCGACUUGGCCAUCAUGUACUCCAAAAUGCUCUGCUCCAGCUGUUUUUGGUCACCCUGCCGGCUCAGAUCGACCAUGGCGCCCGCAAAAAUCAAAUUCUCCACGCUUUCUGUCGCCUUCUCCAGCUUGUUUCGGUGAUAGGCCAGCUCGCGCUCGGAAAGCGUGGUUGGCAAGGCCAAGAUCUCGCGCAAUUUCUCCCGAAUUCCGGCCAGAUCGGCACCGCCCCCCGCGUCUGCGCUCGGUAAGCUCGCCAGAUUCGUCUGGCUCCGGUUCAGCACUGUGUCCGGACAGUCGUUCCAGCCCGGAAUCUGCGCCGUGCCGUUCUGGUACGAGGUCAUGAACACGAAAGAAAUACUUUACACUUAUUUUUUUUUCCGGUUCCACCUUCUAGUCACACCUCGCACCCUACCCUGACACCUCGCGUUGCACCGCUAGCGCACGGGUCAGCACGUCCUCGAUCGACGGUCUUUGGGCCGGGUCAACCACGAGACAGUAGCGGACGAGGUCCUUGAGCGCGGGCGAGUAUUCUGGCGUUGGUGGGAAGCUGUAGCUGCCCGAGCUGAUUGCUAGCGUGAUGUUGGCCCCGUUGACGAGCUCCUCCCGCUCGAACGGCGAGUAGCCGUACAGCAGCGCGUACAGCGUGCAGCCGAGCGACCAGAUGUCGAUUUUCUCGUCGAUUUUGUCGCCGACCUUGAUGUCGAGCAGCUCUGGCGCGCGAUACGGCAGAGUGCAGUGCUCAUUGCUAAGCUCCUGGACGGUGAUGGCCUGGGCCCGCGACUUGAUGCUGACCCGCGCCCUUUCGCACGAGCCCAGGUCACACAACACCGGCGUGCCGUCCUUGGCCAGCAUGACGUUGGCCGGCUUUAUGUCUCUGUGUGCAAAACUAACCGUUUC